AUGGGCCAAAUGGAAAGCAAAAGUGGCUAUUUGGCAGAAGAUGUGCUGAUCGAGAUAUUGUCAAGAAUGUCCGUGAAAUUUUUGUUGCGAUUCAGACGUGAGAGCAUUGGUCUGUGGAAUCCCGCGACUAGAGCAUUCAGGGCUCUGUCAUUGUGCCGCACAAAAUUGUUUCCAUGUGACUGGAUCCCUUGUCACUGCGGCUUUGGAUUCGGGUUAGAUCCCACCAGUGAUGAUUACAAGGUAGUUUGGAUUCGGACAUUUGAUGACGGGGACACCAGUAAAUGGGACUCAUGGAUGGAUCCUAUACAUGUUGCUGUGUACACUUUAAGCACAGAUUCAUGGAAAGAUUUCAAGGGUGAUGCUCCCGAUUGUCUGCAUUCUUUGACAGAAUCUUGCUUUGACUCCUACUUGAAUGGUGUUUACUACUGGUGGUCUCCAAAUGGAAAGUUGGUUUCGUUUGACAUGGGGAAAGAAGAGUUCAAAGAGAUUCAAGGGCCACCACUUAUUCACCAAGACUCAGCCUACGAGAUUCUUACGUUGUACAACGGCUCUAUUGCUCUGAUUUAUUCUCAUUCACUAGUGCCAUUAGAUUCCUGGGAAUCAGUUGAGCAGUCAUCAGUUGCCGUGUGGGUACUGAUGGAGGAGGAGGGAAUGGGAUGUUGGAUCAAGCAAUUGAACAUCGGACCGCUUCAUGGAAUGAUGAGACCAGUUGGAGUGUGGAACAAUGAUGAGAUCUUUGUUGAAACUACACCUGGCCACCUGCUCCUGUAUGAUCCUAAUACCCAACGUGUUCUUAAGGAUCUCCAAAUCUUAGGCCAUCGUACUCAUUCUCGUUGCCUUCACCUACUUAUCUACACUGAAAGCCUUGUUUCAGUCCAUGGAGAUGGUGAGCCACGCCCCGGAGAACUUAAAAAUCCAUCGGGUGUCAUUAAAUUACCCCCAUCCUUUUACUAUCAACCUCCCUGGCAACGAAUGAGUCAUAAUUUAGACUCAAACGAGUUGUAA